UGUAAACUGACUUGGCAACUUAACUUCGCGAUGGUGAAAAGCCCAAGAGAUGGCCUCACGGCAAUGAGACUAAUAAUUAAGCGUUCUAUAUCUGGCAAAUUACACAAUGAACAUAGCUCCGAGGACGAGAGCGACCACGACGAAAGCAAUCGCGAUCGAUACACGCCCAGGUCCGCGGCACCUGUGGCAAACUAUUGUUACGAAAAACUUCCCGGCGCGACAUUCAUUCGGCUUCUCAAGCUUCUGCCUGGGGACAGUCACGACAUAAUUCGGUGCAACAUCACUCUGGUCGAUUUGACGUCCUGUGAUGGCCAGUAUGAGGCCCUCAGCUAUGUUUGGGGGGCAGCAGAAGGUCAUUUACGAAUCCAGAUCGAUGACGCCGGCCAUGAAAUCCAACCGAAUCUACACCGCGCUCUUGUGGACUUACGAGUCCGCGAUAAGCCUCGCAAUCUGUGGGUCGACGCCCUCUGCAUCAACCAGUCCGACGUACCAGAGCGCAACAAGCAGGUGCCACUGAUGUGUGAAAUUUAUCGCAAUGCAUUACGCACUAUUUGCUACCUCGGUCCAGAGAUGAAGAAAACUCGGAGAGCGUAUGCCAUGUUACGUGAGCUGGCCGAGGAGGGAAAGAUGCGAAGCGCCAACGAUGCUACGACGAUUCCGAGCUUCAUCAACCAUGUGCCCAUCAACCCUGUCGAGAGCAGCCUACGGGAUAAGUACAUCGCAGACGGAAGCAUAAUGCAUAUAGCAUCAGCCGAAUGGUGGUUUCGGGCCUGGACGGUUCAAGAAUCCUUGCUCUCGAAUCAUGCUCUCGUGGUGAUGGGUCGAAGAAGCAUUGACUGGAGAGACUUUUGUGCUGCAAUCGACCACGGUUUCAACAUCCAAAUAUGGAGUCCUCUUCAUUUUGGCUUUAUCAGAGAUGAGAUAAUUGUCUCAUAUCUGUCCUUGCGCGCGCUUGAGAAUCGACAACGUCACAAACAGGGCCAGCGAAGCUCGACGGCAGAAGAGCUUCUCAAUCUGCUGAUCCAUUGCAGACACAGAGACUCGAAGGAUCCCAAAGAUAAGAUCUACGCCAUGCUUGGUCUUCUCCGCGACGUCCAAUCUGGCGCAUUGAAUGCACAGAAGUUGUGUAUUGAGCCGGACUAUGAGUUGCCGGUUAUUGAAGUCUACCGCCAAGUCAGUCAGGAGCUCAUCAAGAAGCUCGGCAACCUGGAUGUCUUGGGAGUAACUCCCAAAGCUAGCCUGACAGGACUACCAUCCUGGGUUACCGACUGGAGUGUUACUGAUUAUACCAGCUCGCUGCUUUCAAAGGACUCCCUGGACCGCGAUCGCCUCACAAAUGCUAGUAAAGGAUCUAAAGGAGACUUCCGGUUUUCCGAAGAUGGCAACACUCUCGUCCUCAACGGCUGCGAGCUGACCUCAGUCGAGCAGCUUGCAGACUUACUUCUAUACGAAAAAAUCACAUCAUUAGAAGCACCCGCGGACCCGUCGCCUUCCAAGCAAGGAACCAUGCAGCAAGACUCGCAGGGAGAACAGCAGGAUCAAUCCAUGAAUCAGGGACACAAAGAUGCCGACAGCGACGAAUUGACACUUGAACAGCUACUAGCAACCGCCAAAAGGAUGUACAAGAGUCCGGAAACUUAUUCCGAGGGAGCGCGGCAGGUAUGGAAACGAUUGCAGGGGAAUUUCCAAGGCUUCGCAGAUCGAUUCAACUCUCAGGCUGAGGAAAUUGCCAAUGGAGAGGACCGUACCUUUACGCAAUUCGCAAACAUCUUCCGAACCUUGUUUGCUUGGGAAGUGUUUUCGCACGCGCGAAAGCUUGCGCCAAUCACGGAAACCGGACCGAAGAAGCAGUCCGACAACCUGUCAGACUUGUAUUGGCAGACUCUCUGCGCAGGGACGUAUCAGGAUCGAAAUGUAGAGAAGACUGGAGCACUAUUUCAGGAAUGGUCGGGGAAGCUACAGCCCAUUCGUUCACUUUUCGCAAAGCAUCCAGAAGCACUUGCGAAGAUGCCCUCACUAGUGCUGUUCCCGUACACGAAGACAUUUUGGAGAGGAUAUAGUCCUUUCUGGCCGUAUAUUACCGGCGCCAACGGACGACGUCUUGGCCGGGCCGGUAAUGGGUGGCUGUGUCUUCUCCCGGGGAAUUGCGAGGUGGGAGACAGGAUCAUCUUGGCUCGGGGAGGCCGUGUUCUUUUGGUGAUACGACCACUGGCCGAUGAUCAGGAUUGUUUCUCGUUCGUUGGAGAAGCUUACAUCCACGGUAUCAUGGACGGGGAGGCCUUUGUAGAAGAAGAGUGCAAGGACAUCAAGAUUCGCUAGAUACUGCCAAUCGCC